AUUUCUUCUCCUCAGAUGUUCACCUCUAUCAUCUUUGCUGCGGUGGGGGUUCUGGGGGCCGGCUACUCCUUCAUUGUGUCUGCUGUUGCCAUUCAUAACGGACCCAAAUGUCUCUAUACGAAUGGCACAACAGAGUCGUGGACCAACCCGUUUYUCAACGGUGACUACCUGAAUAACCACACCCUGUGGGAGGGCUGUAGAAAGCCUGAAGGCAUCGUGACCUGGCACCUGACUCUGUUCUCCAUGCUGCUGGUCAUGGGUCUGCUGCAGGUUGUGCUCUGUGCCAUCCAGGUCAUCAACGGUCUCAUCGGGGCCAUUUGUGGAGACUGCUGCGGCUGCUGUGGGGGGGAGUAGUGAUGAUGCAGUCUGAGGAUCCGUGAGCCCUUCAGAAGAAGACCGAAGACUUCUUAUAUCAACAACACUGACUGGCUUUCUAUGAGGUCCAUAUGAUUUUGUUAAAUAUUUGUAGAAAAAAUAUUUUAAAAAACGACCAUUUCCAACCUACCUAGCUUGACGGCCAUUUGCUUGGUGGUAGGUCUUAUGACAGCGGAGGACAUUUAAGAGCCACAUUAAGUAUUUCUAUUUUUCACUUUUUAAAUGGUAAUAUGUAAUUAAAUCAAACUUCUUAUUCAAUACGUUAAAAACAUGAAAGCACUUUCAACAUUUCAUAUUAUAAUUCCAUAUUAUGUACCUUAAAAGACAGAACACUUGGCAUCAAUUAAAUCUAUUAAAUAUUAGUCUCUGGGCUUAUUUAAAUUGCAAAUAAUUUUCAAUAUUCAAAAACACAUGAAAACCCCCUUCAUAGAGGUUUAUGACAGAGUGUGUGUACACUGUGGGCCACACCCGUGUCAGUCUUAUCAGAGAAGGCUUGUGGGUGUCAUUUUAUAACUUUAUUCUUGCUAGUUCCUGUUAAAUGGAGGGACAUGACGAGAUUCCCUCUGUGUCAAUGUUUACUGUAGCGUCACAGGGUUACUAAGGAGUCUGUCGUGUUGGGUUUUCAGCGACUUUAUGGUUGGCUCCGCUAUAUUAUACAAAACACACUGCAAUGUAGCUUUCUACAACCCUAUUUACAUAUAUAGAUGGUAGAACCUGAACAUUUACAUUCUUGUUAGAACAUUCACCCAGUACUCUCUGGAAAACAGAGGCAAUUGUUACCGAGUGGAUUAUCCUAGCUAAAUAAAUACAAAUUAAAUUAAACUUCCACUUUAUAAACAUUUCUCUGGGUAGAGCUAGUUGGCCUUGGUGGGAGGGGGGGGGGGGUGGGGUGUAAUUGGACUGCUCCCUAAUGUAUGGAGUGGAAUCAUGAAGGUGAUGGUAUGUUGUUUUGUAUACUAGCUUAUUUUACCUAGAGAGUAAUAAUGUUCGUAGGUCAUUUUUGGUUCCGUAUACGGUUGUGUGUGAUCUGUGGCUUGUUGUGAUAUCAGUGAUCAAGACUGAUCUUCUGUUAUAAAUGGCAUCAAUAAAAUAAAAAACACAAAGAUCCA